AGGCCCUCGCUCCCUUCAGCCGGGCAUAGAGCUUGAAGUCACUCCUACUCGGUAGUUAUAAAGCAUCAUACAACCACCAAAGGAAAGCACAAAGAGAGAGAGAGAGAGUCUUCAGUCCAAGGCACAAGAUUUGGCAUUCCAUCCAGGAGAAUCCAGAAUAUGGCAGAGGCUGCAAAUAUGAGGCGUAAAAGGAAGACUGUGGACCAGGAAAUGGCAGAUUUAUUCAACCACUUUGGGAAGAAAGGAGAUGUAGAAGCGGUGAAUAUACCGAAACCCUGGCUCUACAAAAUUUGGGAUACCAAGCAGAAAUCCCUCUUCCUGCAGGAUGGCACAUUAGUAGCAGCUCCACAAAAUUCCAAUUCAGAAGAUCAAUUAAUUGCAGUGACUCCAAAUCGAAGCACAGACCCAAACAAGCGACCUAUCUUUAUGGGCACCAAAGACCAGAAACAUGUUCUCGCUGUGAAGUCAGGUGAUCACCCUCAUCUACAGCUAGUGGCAGGAGAUGUUAUGGACCUUUAUGUGAAAAAGGAGGAAUCCAAGGAGUUCACAUUCUACAACCAGACCAAAGGCAGUGAGGCAACUUGCUCCUUUGAAUCAGCAAUUUCUCCUGGUUGGUUCCUCAGCACUUCUGCUGAGCCACACAAGCCUCUUGGUUUGAGUCAGGGAGGGGGUUCAGACAUCACUAUUUUUUAUUUUGAAAGAAAAGAGUAAAUAGCUCAGAGAUAUUUCUUUUGGUGAAGAGAAAGCGGUUAAUACCCAAGUGUACCUUUCCGAAUUUAGUGUGCAUGUUUUUAGUUUUAGAUUUAAAAUCUGGGAGGAGGGUUGUUGUUAGAAACUGAUUUUCUGAUGAGGUGUUAGCAGGGAGAUAAUCAGGUUACAUACUGUUCUUGCUUAGGUGGACAAUAGUGAACCAAAUCCAAUAGUUAACCAAGUGGCCUAUGUGAACCCAAGCCAAACUAUUGCCCACAUAAGCAAGCAAGAACAGCAAAUAACUUGUUCCAUUGUCUGAUAUGGGAGAUGUAUUUUGGGUUAAGAUAAGGCAAGUGUCAGGGAUGAACAGCCCACCCACAAUAUUCUGAGAAAAUGGUGAAAUAAUUUUUUAGGGUUACAUCCGAUCAAAGCUGUUGUUGUUGGUGGUGUUGGUGGUGGUGUAUGUGGGGGCGGGGUGAAGGGGGGGUUCAUGAUCACAACUAAGAGAGCAAAGAAUCACACCCAGGGGAUCUUCACACACGAUCAGCAGGAGGGAUUGCUGCAGUGAGCUACAAUUGAUAACAUAAUCAUUGCAUAUUGGUUCAAUAAAGAAAUAUCAAUGUCUAACUGCA